GCAUCCAUCCUUCGAAAACUUGAAGCCAAAAUAAAAAAUUGUGUGUGUUCCUGCCCUUGGCAAAUCGUGUUGGAUCGCUGCCAGGAUGGAUAUAGAUAUCCGCAAGACCCUGUGUCCAUCCCAUCGGGGCCCAGAGAUCUGUUCGAUCUUCUCGAUCUGCUCUGGGUCCGCACGCUACCAUUGCGACCAUUGGCAAUGGCCCAGCUUUCCGGCAUCCUCUCGCAAGGGUUGCUGCUGUUGGCCCGACAAGCCGGCGGGCCCGCCCCGCCCACCGACCUCCCGUCGCCGUCGCUCGACUUCUCAAGCUACCCGACCACUGGCCUGCAGCAGUUUGGCUUCUUCAUUAUCUUCUUCUUCCCGGCAGUCUCGGUGCUGCUCGUAGGGCUCCGUCUCUAUGACCGCGCAACGACCAGGCUGUUUGGGGUUGACGAUGCCUUCAUCGUCCUGGCCACCAUCCUGGCGGCCGUCGAGGCCUUCUUCUCGUUUGCCAUGAUGAAGAUCCAGUACCUCGGUGUGCACAUCUGGCAGAUCCCGAAGACCCCUACCGACCCCACGAUGAGUGGCAUCAUCAACUACAUCGUGGUGAUGCUCUACAAUCCCGAGCUGGCGUUGGUCAAGUCGUCGGUCCUGUUCUUUUUACUCAGGCUCGGCGGCCACCAGCCCAUCCUCCGCCGGUGCAUUCACGUGUUGAACUGGGCAAACAUUGGCCUCAUGAUCGCCGUUCUGUUUGCUUCCAUCUUCACUUGCGUACCGGUCCACAAGUAUUGGAAUAUGGCGGUGGCGGGGAGGUGCAACAACAUGAUGCUGCAGUAUCUCAUCACCUCGGGCUUGACAGUCCUCACCGACAUCCUGGUGCUCGUCAUUCCCGUCAAGAUUGUGAUGGGGCUUCAAUUGCCGAUGAAGCUCAAGGCCAUCCUCAUCACCCUCUUGUGUUCCGGUAUCGUUGUAACCAUCUUCAGCAUCCUCCGCAUGCACUCGCUUUACCGGCUGUACUACCCGCCCCCGGACCCUGGCCCGGAUCCGACCUACAGCAUUGAUUUCGUCUACUCGACCAUCGAAUGCAACCUGGCCAUCAUCACGGCGUCGAUCCCGCCCCUGCACGGGCUGAUGAGGAAAUGGUUCCCUCGCUUCUUCGAGAUGACGUCGUCCCAGAGCCGCGGGUACCGCAACGGUUACAACAACGGCUACAACAACGGCGGCGGAAGCGCGGGUUUGCAGACGAUCGGGGGCUCAGGGGGGGUGGGUCUCAAGGAUCUCAGGAGUCCCACGCGGUCACAGCGUGCUCGGCUCGGCAGCCUGUCCAAUAGCGAAGAGGAGAUUUUGGGUAUCAAGAAAUAGACGGGGUGAUAAAUGGACCUAAUUGACCCAGUCCUGUCCCC